AUGUAUAGGAGAGAGAUCGAGGUCCUCGCCGAAAAUAAUGGACUCCAGCCUUUGUCCGCAGAAAUCCACCAUCUGCCCCUGAACCAAACUUCCACCCACUUCGACCCUUUGGAACCAUCAACACCAUCCGCACCCAACGACUCGAGCCAGUUGGUACCGCAACAAUAUGACUGGUUACCGUUUCGCGAAUCCGCUAUGUUGGUGCUUUCAACACCGGGUUUCCUGGGCCGUCGCCUUACCCAAAGUGCCGCCCUGAAAAUGGGCGGGUUUUGCAGGUCCUCGAGGACCUUGACUCCCGUUCUGGACUCGAUGCGAUCUCAUUAUUUAAGAAUGACCAGACCACGGAGGGUUGGUAUGCCCAAGACGUCUCUGAUCAGUCAACUUGUCUCUCUACAGUACUCCCGAUUCCACAAGGUGAAUAAACACCAAGUCACUCGAACUGUCUUCAGAUCACUCUCAACCUACUCUCACCUGAAGCCGACAAUGGAUGUCAUCAUGUCCUCUCCCCCUUCUCUCGCAAUGCACGCCCAGGCACCUCCUCUUAAUGAUCAUUAUCAGAGAGAAUAUUACCAAGCCAGUCACGACAAUUAUUCACCAAGAUACCACCUCCCAGACGAGAUCCUCUUACAUGUAUUGAGCUACUUGAUCCCCAAACACGGAGUGGUGAUAUCCACCGACUCGGACGGCGGCAUCUGUCCCCUGACCAUCAAAUCUCUCCUACAAACCUCCCGCACCAUCAGGAGCCUGAUCCUGUUCUUCACAAAGCGUGUUCCUCUGCGCAUCGACAUCAAAAGCGGGAAGCACUGCCAGUGCCACGCCUUGAAGACACCCGACGAUAUUCUCAACUCCCCCCUGGGGAAAGUACUUCAGUUGCCUCUGACCAUGUGGAACGAGAUCGUGGUGACAUUUGCCCCCAGUCUGCACGAGUCCCUCGACGAGGCGUGCACAAUGGUCCACAAGUCUCUGACGAAACUCGACGUGGCCUACACGACCUUUACCGCCCGUGCCAGAUCCCGGGCUUCGAUCACUUGCAUUCGCCGGCAGUCCUUUGCACUCGCCAGGACGAUAUACAGUUUUGGGUGUGUGCCGGGAAUCGAGAACAUCCGCUGGAGCUAUGUGUUUGACGACACCCCGGGGUUUGAGCAUCACGACGAUCAACAACGGUCUCAGCGAACGCUCUGGGAUCUCGAGUUGAUCAAGACUUUUUUGUGUCCGUGGCGGUGGCAGCCACGUCAACACGGAGACCAUCCCCAAGUCAAGCUCCCAAAGCGCUUCACGGUCGGACCCGACAUGCAGGAAGCUUCUUUUCCGCCUUGGCCUCGCUUUCGGGCAUAUGAUACCCGAAUAUGA